AUGCCGCGAAAAGCCACAUACGGCAAGCAAUCAAAGGCAUCAAAAGCCGAAAGGCUUUUUGCUGAACUGCCCCAAAGCCCGGUGCGCAAGCCGCCUACCAGAAAAGCAGCUAGCUCACCAAAGCACUCUGAACCAGUGACCGUGAAGGACCUGGCCGAGCAGCUCUCUGAAGUUCGGAUCCGAGAAGAAGCCACAGAGGUUCAAGAAGCACCAAGAUUGACAGAAAGACCAUCGAAGAACGCCAAACAAAAGGAACUAGAGGUGCCAGAUGAGCCCGAAAAAUUUACACCACCUACAAGUGACAUAGAGGAGAGUCUUCACUCAGAGGAUGAGUCCCAAUACGAAGAAGACAGCUCUACCGAAACAACUCUUCGAAUAUUGUCAUGGGAGGACGUAUGUCCUCACGGUGAUCGCAUAGAAAAGAUCGCUGAGGCCUCCUACGCUGAAGUCUACCGUGUCACCAACGAUCGCGGCACCAGCAUCAUCAAAGUCAUCCGCCUGCACUCACCCAUCAAGGCGAAAACAAAGGCGCAGGAGCGCUCAAAGCUCGUUGACGAGGAGCCGCACGCCGAGGAGGACAUCAAUGGCGAGCUGCAAAUAUCCGAGUGGCUUGCCGACAUUCCCGGAUUCGUCGUUUACAAGGAACGCUAUGUCGUGCAGGGCAAGGCCACAAGGCAGCUGCUUGAGACGCAUCAAGUGUUUCAACGACGAAUGAAGCGACAGGAUCCAGGUCGCGCCCAAUUCUAUCCCUCCCCGAGCCGCUAUCUGGACGAGACGCGUUUUCUCGUCGUGGAACUGGGUGACGCGGGCAUUGCGCUCGAGGACUGGAGGCUGACCACGGAGAGUCAGUUGUGGGACAUUUUUUUUCUGGUGGCGGUUGCACUCGCACGAGCUGAAGAUUUAGCCAUGUUCGAGCAUCGAGAUCUUCACGAGGGCAAUCUAUGCAUACGGCAGGUUCAGGAGCCACGCUCAAGGCCGUCUGACUCUGAAGGCCGAUUUUAUGGCUUCUCAGGUCUGGACAUUACAAUUCUGGACUAUGGCUUGUCAAGGGCAGAGGAUUUGUCCAUUGACUACGCCGUACCCGUCUCAAAUGACUUGGAGAAAGACCUGAGCUUCUUUACAAGUACGCACGCGCCUCAGUGCAACGUGUACAGACAGAUGAGAUCAUUCCUGUUGCGUGCUGAUCGCGUUUGCCUGCCUCCGACAGAGCACACAACACCGUACGCAAAGGGGAUCGACGGGCCUCUAUCGUGGGACGUUUUUGCGCCGUACACAAACGUGCUGUGGUUGGCAUACCUGUACUCGUAUCUCGUUGGCAACUUUAAAGGCGAAAAGAAGGAGCUGAAAAAAUUUCGUCUCACAACGCAAGAACUGUGGAAAUAUCUCAACCCCGACGUCAGCGACGACGUGCCGUGCUUUAGCUGUGCCGCGGACGUGGUCGGCUUUGGCGUGGAGGCUGGCUGGAUUGCCGAGUCGCAGCUGGCCGGAUCUGGGCAUUCGUUUAUCGAGCGCGAGGAGAGCAUCAUCCUUUUACGAGAUGAAAAUGAAGAAGAAGCAGCGUUGCUGAGACGAUCGCCAAGGAGAAGCCAGUACCAUGAAAGCACCAUUAUGUAG